AUGGAUAACCAAGAUAGAUUAUCCCCUUUGCCCGACGGUGUCCUGUUCAUCAUCGUCUCUUUUUUGCCGUUCAAGGAAGCGGUAAGAACUUCCGUGCUUUCAAGAAGAUGGCGUCGUAUUCCCGUGGGAACAAGAAACCUGGAGUUUGACGAGAGGGAUUUUGUUCCUGAAGCAGCGGAUUCUGAUCAGGGAGCCCGGCAAAACAAGAGAAGGGCUUUUCUUGAUUUUGUAGCUGGAUGGAUUGGAAACUAUCGGGAUUCUGAGGGUCCAGUUAAGUUUGGGUUGGCAUUCUCUCACCCCGAGGAUCAUCGUCUAGAGAUGGAGCAUUUCGUCGGUUUUGCUACUGAUCGUAGAGUUAAAGUUAUUGAUCUUGAUUUUUCUGAUCCAGAAUGGGAUGAAGACUUCAUUCAACGUCAUCAGGCCUUUCUUGAACUGCCCAACAUUGAUGAUCAACACAAACGUACUCUAGAAUCUUUGAGGCUGUUUUCUUGCAAUCCUCCACGAAUUUCGCAGGCAUCCCCGAAUUUCACUGCUCUGAAGAGUGUUCAUUUGGGAUGGAUUGGGCUGCCUUCUGCUUUUAUCAAGAACUUGAUGGAAAAGUGUCCUGCACUAGAGACUCUGAGUACGAAGAAUUGCUUUCAUGCUGGUUACUUCGAGGUUAUUGGCCCGAGGUUGAAGACCUUGGUCCUAGAGAAGUGCUCUGGAGCUGGACCUAACAUGAGGAUGCCAAACAUCCUGAUUAAUGCUCCGAAAUUGCGAGUCUUCAAGUAUUCUGGAGUGCUGACUACAUUUGAGUUUGAAAGGCUGGGAUCAAUGGAGGAGGCGGACCUUGAUUUUGGUCUCCACGGGGAAUAUGGUGAAUAUGGGGACAUUCUUUGUGCGCUCCUAGCUGAAAUUGCUUGUGUCAGGACACUGACCAUUUGCAGUUAUAUGCUUCAGUGCAAUGUGGAUUCAAAAAGCUUGUACAUUGGAGGCUAUCUAGUAGAGUAUAUGAGGCCACUCAACUUCUUCUGCCUUUUUUUCUUUUUGGGGCCGGGGGUGGUGGUGGUAAAGGUAAUUCCUACUGGGGAGGAGCCACUCAAGUUGCAGCCUGUUCUUGGGUGUGUGAACUGCCUGACGCUGAAGACAUCCUUGGACAGAAGGGAAUUCUACGGGAUCACUUUCUUUCUCAAUAGUUGUCCUAAUCUUGAGGUCCUCACAAUUGACCUUACUACUUCAAUCAGAAUUUUUCGGGAGUGCGACCCUCCAUUUGACAUUGAGCAUCAUGCAUUUUUGUAUGCUGGACGAUAUCAACCAAACUACACUUGCUUGAGGAGCAAGUUAAAAUCAGUUUAUGUGGAAGGGUUUAAAGGGGAGCCAAAUGAACUUUUGGUGCUGAGAUAUCUUCUCAAACAUGGUAGGGUUUUGGAUGAAGUGCACAUUCACCUUUCAAAGGAAAGAGGUCCUGGUGGUGGAAGCAUGGAAGAAACUUACUUCAACAAAAUUCGUAGCUUAAAGAAUUGCAAAGUAGCAUCCAAAGGACUCCGAAUAUUCUUACGUCGUAAAUAA